AUGGCCUCUACCCGGCAGUUAAACGUGUACUUGUUGCUGUUGUGUCUGCUCGUCUCCACAGUCCACGGCUGUUUCCUCAAUUCGUGCCCCUACCGGCGGUAUGGACGCACGGUGCAGUGCGCUUCAUGUGGCGACCACCACGCGGGCAUCUGCACGUCCGAAGGCCAGUGCUGCGUGCAUAACAAAUGCUUCGAGACGCCAGAAUGCACGUCGCGCGACAUUUGCCCAUCUGGGUUUUGCAAGAUUCUAAUGCACAACGGGUUCUGCGUCGCGCCAACACUCUGCUGCACUAAUGAGAUUUGUCAGCGCAGUAUGCAGUGUGCA